CACGGCGCCGCCGGGAGCCCGUUGUCAUGGUGAUGGAAUCAACCCGCGACGGUUGCGGGUGGCUGUUCUGUCGGUGACUCGGGGGAUGUGACCGUUGGUGGGGGACGGAACGCGGCUCCAACCGCCGCGAGGCCGGGCCGAUGCCGGGCCGCAAAUCCUCCAAGGAAAAGAAGCGGCGCCGCUCUCGUUCCAGCGGCCUAGACGGGGGCUCGGGCGCGGGGGGCACCGAGGGGAAGCGGCGAAGUACCGAGUCCAGCUACAGCCUCUUGGAGGAAAUAAAAUGUACUGUGCCAUCUGCAGAAAAAGAGGAGUUAGCUGAAGAGCACAGCGAAAUAGAAGACGGUGGACUAGACCUCAGUGUGUCUCUAAAACCAGUUAGUUUCUACAUUGCAGACAAAAAAGAAAUGCUUCAUCAGUGCUUCUGUGUCAUAGGGGAGAAGAAACUGCAGAAAAUGCUGCCUGAUGUUUUGAAGAAUUGUUCCAUGGAGGAAAUCAAAAGACUUUGCCUGGAUCAGUUAGAACUUCUAUCUGAGAAAAAACUCCUGAAGAUUCUUGAAGGUGAGACUGGAGCUGACUCUGAUACUGAUGAAGAUGCAGACCGUGGUGGAAAUAAGACCGGAGUUGAAUCAAUCAGUCAACAAGACAACAAUGUAGAUUCUACUUCUUCUCUGAGGGAAGACAGCAAACUGGAAGGUCUGGAGUCAAAACAAGGCAAGGGAGAAGAUAGUGAUGUCCUCAGCAUAAAUGCAGAUGCAUAUGAUAGUGACAUAGAAGGCCCAUGCAAUGAAGAGGAGAGUCCAGAUGUGCCAGAAAGUGCUGUCAGAAGUGGAGCUGGUCAGAUAGAUGACCUUCAGAAGGACAUUGAUAAAAGCGUGAAUGAGAUACUGGGGUUGGCAGAAUCCAGCCCAAAGGAGUCUAAAGCAGCAAACUUGGCUGUUGCUCCAUCAGAAGAUGUUCAGCCAUCAGCACAGCAGCUGGAGCUCCUGGAGCUUGAGAUGAGGGCCAGGGCUAUUAAGGCUCUGAUGAAGGCUGGCGAUGUAAAAAAAUAGCCCUAAGCUUGCUUCAUUUUAAUAUUUUUUAUAUUUGUUUUGAAGGGUGUGAUGUCUGUUCUCUUCAGUGCUAAAGUGCAUUUGGAUUGGGCAUGACAUUCCUCAUUCAAACCCUUUUGUGUAUCCUGACCUGUGGCUUAAAUUGUUGAUCGUUGGUUUUCAUUGCCUUUGGCAUGCUACUUCUGUGACUUAUACAAAUGGAUUGGUUUGACACUGCACUAGAUCAGUGUCUCUUUUUGCUGGGUUAUCACUUGACAUGAAUCGUGCAGAAGUCAUAGAUCUAUGCCAGGAUUCUGGGUGCCUUUAAUAAAGGUUAAACGAACACUGUAGGUUCUUCAUAAUUCCUGUAGUUAGCAAUUAAACUGCUAAUUUAUUUGGGUUUUUUUUCCUCCUGAACUCGUUAGCAAUUUAAGUAACUUGAUUUCCAUGUGCUUCUUAAAAAGGUACUAUUCUGAAGAGGUCUUCUGUGGCGUGACAGUGCUCAUAUCUGCUUGCAACACUCUGAUAUGAUUUGAGA